AUGUCUGCCUCUACUAAAAAAAUACAAAGAUAUCGUUCUCGUCAAAGACUAGCAGCUAUCAGCUUUUUAUCAAAUAUAUCAUUAGAUGGAACAUACAACGAUACAAAGUUUGCCUCAUUUAACCAGAAACACCAUAGAUUAAAAGACGACAUUUCUUGUAAAUCAAAAGAAAAUGUUGAAGAUCAAUCCGCAAAAGAAUCAAAUGCUGGAACUUUGCCAACAGAACCGCAAUCGCCUAGUCUAUUAUUUUUAUUUAAUAAAUAUGCUGGCAGUCCCAGACUUAACAGGGCUGCAACAAUAUCUGGUGAUGAUAAUGUGUCAGAGUAUCUCAUUCGUCAUCACAAUCAGCUAGAAUUACCUACUACUGCUUAUCAGAAUCAAGACAUUGCAACAACAGAACCAAGGAGUCGCCAUCCAUCCAAUUCACUUUCGAACUCUAGUGAAUCCAGCGUCAAAGAUGUCCACUUCUUGACCCAUGGUUCACUGCAACGUGCUAGAAAUGGAAGAGUUCUUAUUGUCUCAAGCACCAAAGUCCCAGUUGUCAUAUAUUCUGUGCUGUCAUACAACAACAGGACAGAGUCCGAGGACUCUCGGAUACGUCGACAUUCCGGUCACUCCGGCUCGCGGUCCAUUUCCUCACAGGAGUGUCUGCUGUCCAUCGGUCUCCAUGCCCUGGCCAAGGUCGAGGAUGGACAGGAUGUCUCAUACAAGGAAUUCCUUGUACCGUCCAACUCUAAAGGUAUAAAAAGAAUGAACUCAGACUCUACUUCAUACAUCAGUGGAGAUAUGUCUUUAUAUUCAGGACCAGAAGACGUUGUUGAACUGUAUGAUCCUAACCUCUUAGAUGAUCCAGAACUACAGUCGGGUAGCUAUCGGACUCUGAUGACCUUCUCGUCAUAUGUGACAUCAGUUAUCGAUUAUGUGAAACCUUCUAAUCUAAAAAAGGAACUCAAUGAAAAAUUUAAGGAAAGGUUUCCCAAUAUACAGUUAACCCUUUCCAAGCUCAGAAGUCUUAAGAAGGAACUUUGGCAAAUUGCAACAAAGUGUCGAUCAGGUAUCUGGACUGUUGCUCAGGCAUACGUUUUCUUUGAGAAACUCAUCAUUAAGCAACAAAUAAACAAACAAAAUCGAAAGUUGUGUGCAGGAGCCUGCCUUAUUUUGUCUGCCAAACUCAAUGACGUGAAGGGUACAGAACUCUCCAAAUUAAUUGAGCAAAUUGAAGAUACAUUUCGUCUGCACAGAAAAGAACUGUUAUCAUUCGAGUUUGCUUGUCUGGUGACUUUAGAAUUCUCUUUGCACAUCCCCGACACUGAGGUUUAUCCACAUUACCAGCGCCUCGUGUAUCGUUCCUGACCAGACGUGUAUCCCCAUUACCAACAUCUUGUGUCCUGUUCACGACUAAAGACAUCAUCCCAAUGAGUAUCUCUCAUAUAGUUCAUCACCUAGAAGGAUGUCCCCACUGCCAGCUUCUUGUGUCCUGUUCACGACUAAAGACAUCAUCCCAAUGAGUAUCUCUCAUAUAGUUCAUCACCUAGAAGGAUGUCCCCAUUGCCUGUUCACGACUAAAGACAUCAUCCCAAUGAGUAUCUCUCGUAUAGUUCAUCACCUAGAAGGAUGUCCCCAAUGCCAGCUUCUUGUGUAUUGUUCACGACUAAAGACAUCAUCCCAAUGAGUAUCUCUCGUAUAGUUCAUCACCUAGAAGGAUGUCCCCAUUGCCAGCUUCUUGUGUCCUGUUCACGACUAAAGACAUCAUCCCAAUGAGUAUCUCUCGUAUAGUUCAUCACCUAGAAGGAUGUCCCCAUUACCAGCAUCUUGUUCUCGACUACAGACUAUAUCCCUGUUAUCAGUAUCUUGUGGAUAGAUACUGACUAACAAGUAAAUCCCCAUUAGCACCAGCUUAUCUAUCAAUUGUGUUCUGAAGGUAUAAUAUAAUUACCACAGCCUUUUGGUCCUAACUUGGAACAAUUUCUCCAUUACCAGCAUCUUGUGUUAUUUGUAACUUGAAAGUAUAUCCCUAUCUGACCUGAAAAUAUAUUAGCAGUACUCUUUUUAUUGUCUCGGAUCCAGAAGUAUAUAUCCCCAUUUGCAUCAUCUAGUAUAUUUACUCUGGCCUAGAAGUAUGGCCGCAAUAUGGCUCUUGAAUUGUUUACUGCUCGGGCCAAUGGAAACUGUGGUUGAUAUAUAUUCUAUGUUAAGACCAUCACUCUGUGUUUGGUGGAUCAAGUUCAGUUUUAUCUCAUGCACAUGUUAUUAGGAUCAUCACCAUUUUGCCUGGUGGAUCACUAUCGAUUUUAUCAUUAUGUGCAGACCAAACACACACGUUCCGUUUGACAGUGAAUAUAUCGUACAUUUUACAAUAACAAAGCACCAGAAUCUGCCUUUCCUGCAACGAUGCAUAAAAAGAUAAUUUUUCUUGAAUCAUCUCAUCAGAUGCUGGAAUAUAAAAUGUCAGUAAUCCAUUGCUAAAUUAUGGCUGGGGAACAUGAAGAAUUCUGUAAUCCAGAUCAUUUCAUUGAAGAUUUCUUUUUACAAAUAGUGUCUGUUAUGUUGUUGGGAGCAAGGUGUCAUUCACAUGGAUCUCAGCAGAGAUGUAAUCACUGUUAACAUUUGUAUUACAUGGUAAAGAUGGAAUGCCAGGCAGCAGUCAUGUACAGAAGAACAUACAUGUUUUAUCAGGUUAUGGCAGCUACUAAUUGCAAGUUUUAAAUGAACAUACAGAAAAUGUGACUGAUAUGGUUUUGUCUUUCUUUAAUGAUUGAAACAAUAAUACUGUUUUAUUAAGUCCAAAACAUAAAACAUGUAUUUGAAAUCACUUGGGUUGCUGAUAAUGGCAAGAACAAGCUUGUUGGGACCAUAAUACUGUUUUGUUAAGACCAAAACGUACAUGUAUUUAAAAUCACUUUGAUUGCUGAUAAUGGUAAGAUCAAGCUUGUGGGGACUAGACACUAGUUUGGAUAUUUAAGACAGGAUCACUGUUCUAGUGAAGACUUGGUUCACAUGGGAGAGAAAGGAUUCACUGAGAAAAGACUGUACACGAUGAUGAACUCAUACAGAUAGUGGAGAGACAAGCUGUGACUUGAAUGACAAAAAAACCCUAACAAGAGUACUGGUGAAGUACAUGAUAUGCCUGUCAAAAGUAGGAGGUGGUGACCUAGUUAUGGUAUGCAUCAAACCGCCAUUCCUAAGUUAGAUGAUCGUAUAUGAAUUGAUAACUAAGGAUGAUGUGAACCGGACAAGGAUUUCCUUUACUGUGCAGUAAUUAGUGAAAAGUAGGAUGUGGUGACCUAGUUAUGGUAUGCAAUAUACUGCCAUCCCAAACUGUACUUUAAUGCACAGUUUGAUGAUCCUAUAUGAAUUGAUAAGGAAGAUAUGUUCCAGAAACGUGCAUAUAAAUAGGUGGUGAUGCUAGCAGUGACACGGUGUAAGAACAAAGGGCAUGUAUCGAAAAAUUUGCUUUGAUACAGGGAAUGUAUUCCUCACAGUUACACAAAAGCAAGAACAUCGGCUUAAACACAUUCCGAUUCUCUGAUUCAACACUACCUUGCCUGCUGAUGUGACUAGAACAAAUGUUCACCCAUUUGCGAAUGCAGUUUCGAUACUGUCCACUAGCAGGGUGGAAAGUAAAGAUGAAUUGGGUAGGACAGUUGUUGGAGAUGUUAAGGACCAUUAUCCUGCAUCCAUUGAUCUAUGUGAUAUUCUUAACAUGUUUUUAAAAAAAUGCAUUAAUCCAGGUUGUAUCUUUUACAAAAUCAUUCAUUUUAUUCUUGGAUUUGUAGCUGUUUAGUCUACUACCAAGGCCAUGUAUUUUCAUCCUAACCAGCCCCAAAGAUAAAUGCCUGCUCCCAUUUUCAAAGUAAAAUCUAUAUGUAUUACUUUUCCGACAUUGGCAGCAAUGAUGACAUCAACUUUUACAUUAAAAUGCAAGUGAAAAGAAUUUUUAAAAAACAAUUUGUUGUUGAGAUGAACAUGUUAUGGAUGCAACUGUCGAAGAAUCCGAAUAUAUACCAGUCGUGGUGCACUAGCUGGAACGAGAAAUAGCCCAAUGGGACCACUGAUGGGGAUCGAUCCCAGACCAACCACGCAUUAAGUGAGCGCUUUACCACUGGGCUAUGUCCU